UUUUAUUUAUAUUUUUAUUUUUAUUUUUAUUUUUAUUUUUAUUUUUAUUUUUUUUAUUUUUUUUUUUUUAAGUCAAGUUACUUUUAAGUCCAAAUCUCAAUAAAUCUAAUUUUUUGGAAUGUUCUGUGUAAUAAUAUAACAAAAUGUUCUCGUAAAUAUUCUAUUUUAGUUAUAACUUAAAAAAAAGAAAAAAAAAAAAAAAAGAAAAAUUAAAAAAAAUAAAAAUUAAAAAAAAUAAAAAUUAAAAUAAAUAAAAUUUUCCAAAAUUUUAAAAUUUUUUUUAACAUAUAACUACACACAAAUUAUUUAUUAAACACACAAUAAAGAAAUAAGAAAAAAGGGACAGAGGAUAAAAUAAAGUACACUUCUAUUUUUUCAAUAAAAAGUACAUAAAUUAUAAUAAUAUAAAUAAAAUACAAUUAUAUUAGCAAUAACAAUAAUAAUAACAAUAACAAUAACAGUAAUAAUUAAUAAUUAAUAAUAAUAAAUAGUAAUAAUAAAUAAUAGAUAAUAUAAAUACAGUGAAAUAUAUAAUAAUAAUAUAUAUAAAUAAUUUAUAAUAAAAUUAUAAAUAAAAUUUUACACUUUUAAAAGUGAAAAUGGAAACAUUUGAAAGCGAAAAUCUUUUAAGUGAUGAAAAAAGGAGCUAUCAAGUAGUAGGUCAAAAUACGCCAAAUAAAUAUUGGAUAGGUUUAAUAAUUAUAUUACUUUCGAAUAUUUCUUUAUCUAUAGUUUCAGUUUCAAUUUGGCCCUAUUUACAUUAUAAUAAUCUUUCAAUAUAUGUUUUUGCUAUUAGCAUAAGUGGAUUUCAUACAGGGGCAAGCAUUGGUAGAAAAUUCUUUUCAUAUUACAUAGAAAAAACACAAAGUUAUUGGUUAUUAUUAUUUACAUCAUUAGCGGUUACUUUUAUUGGAGAUAUUCUUUAUGCAGCAAUACCAGAUUCAACAUUCGUUUUAAUAAGCAGAGCAAUCGUUGGAUUUGGAACUGGUAGUCAAGUUAUAUUACAAAGUUUACUUACAGACUCAUCUGAUCCAAUUUUAUUGAAAACUAGAAUUUCAAAAGUAUCUCUUGCAACAUCUUUUGGUUAUAUUAUAGGUCCUGCAAUAAUUGCAAUCAUUUCAUCGAUCAAUUUAACAACUGCAUUAAACAUUAAAGAUGGUUUAUUAGUUUUAGUUUGGCUUUCUGCUUUCUUAACCUUUUUAGCAAUGGUAAUAGCUAUAAUUGGUAAAUUUACUGAUAACUCGAUUUCACGACAUUAUCAAUCAAACUUGGGUACAAGUGGCGAAAUAGAUGAAGGUUCAUACCAAGUAUAUAAUAAGAAUAUUUUUAGAGCACCAAAAGCAUGUUGUAUUAUACCACCAAAGGUUUUAGUUGUAAUAUUUGGUUUCACACAUUUUUUAAUUUUUAAUGCAGGAAUGGUUUUAGAAACUUUAAUUAUACCGUUUUUAACAGAUGUUGGAGGAGUUAGUAGUUACAAUUGGAAUUUAACAAAAAUAUCAUUGUUUUUCAUGGGAUUAGGUGUUUCUUGUGCAAUCACUUUAUUUGUCUCAAAAAAGAUUACAGAUCAAAGUUUAUUACUCAUAGGCAGUGUCAUGCUAAUGGUUGUAGGCUAUGGUUUUAUGAUCGUUUGGAGCUUACCAGAUUCCAAGAUUGUAACAAACGUUGAAAAUUUAGAUCCACCAUUAGUAAGAUUCCUUUUGGGUGUUGUUUCAGUGGCCAUUGGUUUCCCUCUUGCUGUUACAAGCUCCAUCACAUUGUUUUUCCAACUUUUCUCUGGUCAAUCAAGUUCAUUCUAUUCAACCUUUUUCCAAUUUGCGUCAAAUUUUGGUAGAUUAUUAGGACCUGUUUGGGCUGCUUUAAUUUUCUCCUAUGUCAAUUCAAACUUUACUUUCUUAUUUGCUUUUAUUUUAUGUUUAGUCUCAUUGUUUUUCUUAAUUAUUACGAAAAAAUCAAUUAGAUAUAUAAAUACAACAACAAGUCCAAAAAAAAAUCCAAUUAUAAGUAUAAAUGACGAAGAUGACAAUAAUCAAUUUUAAAGUUUAAUUUAAUUAAAAAACUUUAAUGAUUAGGGAUAAAUUAUUUAGUGUUAAUAUAUAAUAAUAAACAUAUAGUUUUUUUUUUUUUUUUUUUUUAAAAUAAAAAAAAAAAUUAUUUAUUUG